UCAUCCAAUUAUCAAGAUCACCAGUGAGAGAUGGAAAAUUCAGUAAUGAAAGAGGAAGUAGUGAUAGUUGGAGGUGGAAUUGCAGGUUUAGCAACAGCAUUAGCACUAAAGAGAGUUGGCGUUAAAAGUUUAGUGUUGGAGAGAUCAAGUGAGCUUAGAGUCACUGGUGUUGCUAUAGCUUUAUUCUCAAAUGCUUGGAUUGCUCUUGAAUCACUUGGUGUUGCUCACAAACUUACUUCUUUGUACAAACCUUAUGAAAGAGCAAAAGUUAUCAAUGUUGCAAAUGGAGUUACCCAAGAGACUAGUUUCCAGAAACCAGGGGAGGAGUCUCUCGAAAUUGGACCUAGAACUAUACAUAGAAGAGCCUUACUUGAAGCUUUACUGGAGGAAUUACCAACCGAGACAGUUCGUUUUUCUUCAAAGCUUCGCUCAAUUGAGAAAACAAAAACACCUCAAGAGAAUGAUUUAUUCGGGGUGGUCAUACAGUUGGAAGACGGGACAACAAUUCAUACAAAGGUUUUAAUAGGAUGUGAUGGGGUGCACUCAUUGGUGGCAAAGUGGCUAGGACUUAAAGAUGUGGUUAAUUCAGGACGAUGUGCUGUGCGUGGAUUAGGAGUGUUUCCUGAAGGCCAUGGAUUGAAUCAUGAAGUUCAAAAUUUUGUUGAUAAAGGUAGCAGAUUUGGCAUUAUUCCUAUUACUGAUGCAGAUGUCUACUGGUUCAUGUCUUAUCAAUCCAUUCCUAGUAAAGAUGAAGAAAUGCCAAAAGAAGACCCAAGAGCCAUACAAAAGACAAUAUUAGAGAGUGCUUCUGGUUUCCCACAACUGGUAAAAGAUGUGAUACAACGAUCUGAUAUGCAAAAUAUAUCUUGGGAACCAUUACUAUUUAGAUACCCAUGGGAUCUUAUAUUCGGACGUGUAUCGGAUGGUACUGUAACUGUAGCAGGUGAUGCUAUGCACCCAAUGACACCGGAUCUUGGUCAAGGUGGUGGUUCAGCACUAGAAGAUGCUGUGAUAUUAGGUCGCCAUAUUGGAAACUCGUAUCUCAGAAAUGGUGGAAUGAUAUCACAAGAAGACUUGGAGGUUGAGAUACAAAUGUAUGUUAAAGAGAGGAGAUGGAGAACAACUGGUUUAAUCAUAACUUCGUAUCUUUCUGGUUGGGUGCAACAAAGUGGCGGUGGUGGUAUAGGAUCUUCCUUGAGAGGAGUUGGAUGGUUGAUGAAGUUUCUCCGUGAUACGGUAUUUUAUAAGAUUAUGUAUCCCCGACUCGGUGGUUUUCUACGUUAUGAUUGUGGCAAAUUACCUACCGGGUCAGCUUAGUUCAUGCUAUGUUGAGAACUACCAGUAAUGCUGGUUGCACGAGCAUUAUAAUAUUUUCCGUUGCUUAUUUGUAUUUGAAACCUUAUUAAUAUCUGUGAUCGGUUCUUACACCUUACAGAAAUAUGCGAAGCUUCGUUUAGAAUA